ACCGUACUUUCCCCUGCCAACUGUCCCUCCUUUUUACCCCAAAAUCCUCACAACUUCCUUCACUUCUUCAGAUUCAGCAAAAACCACUUCAGUUUCCCCAAUUCCCCCAAAAAAACCCUAAUUCCCUCAAUUUCCCCCAUUGAUGAGAGCAUUCGCACAUUUCUCUGCACCGAUACACUGAUUCCGAUGUCGAAUUCUCGUUCCGGUGACGGUUUACCGAUCCCUAAAGGCAUCUCCGUCGCCAACACUGUUCAUUCUGAAGUCGCUCCGUGCUUGCCGUUGCCGUCGCUGCCGGUUUUCUGCGGCGCUCUUGACCACGACGUCCGGCUAGUUGACGAACAGCCCGCUGCUGCGGUUAAGCAACCGAGACGUGGUGAUGUUGCCGAUCAGGCCAGUAAAAUAGCUAAACUGCUGCAGGCUACUGAUGUUUCGUACUUGAAUCUUAAAACAGAGGCAAGGUCAUCAUCUUAUGGUCAUGAAGGACAUCUUGACCUUUACGAUGAGGUUCUUAGAUGCAAUUCUGAAGCAUUUGAGUACAUUGCUCCAGGUACUGCCAUGGAGAGAAUGUAUAACAAUACGACACCUAAUAACAAGGUGUCUGAAAGGAAGCUGUUCAUGCAAAAUUUAUCUACCAAUAAUGAAGCCCUUAAAGACAAAGGAGAACCGCAGCGUCCACAUGAGCUUAAUAAUUUGCAGGAUGUUACAUCUGCAUCUAGAAAACCAAAAUCCAAGAAGAAAACGACUGAUGAAACAGUGUUACCAACUGAACCAGAUGAGUCUGAGCGUCAAGAUGCUGCUGUAGAAAGAUUUUGUGAAGUACUUGAGGAUUUGUGUGGUAAAGCAGUAAUAUCAGUGGAUGAUCGUGAAGAAGGUGAAGCAGAAUGGUUAGUUUUGCAUGUUGGCAGCAUUAGAACUCUCGUGAAAGAAGUUAUGUCAAUUCGAGCAAACAAUUACCUACAUUUGGUUCCUGUUGCUCAUCUAGAGAGAAUGCUAAAAAUUCUCGAUCAUCAGAUCCACAGCGCCGAAGGCCUAUCCAUUACACAAUCCGAAAAUUCUAUUUCGGGUGCAGUGUCUGCAAUUACGGUGGCACUUGAGUCCAUCCAUGCAGCUGUUGGAAUUAUGGCUUAUAGUGGCAUGCCAAAGCAAAUCUACAAGGAAGAGAUCAUUGAAAGAAUCGUGGAGUUUUCUAGGCGACAAAUAGCAGACGUCAUGUCAGCUUGUGAUCCAACUUCUCGUUCAACUAACAAACCUAGUGACAAUGGCAAUUUGCAAGACGACGACGACGAUGAUGAUGAGGAUUAUUAUGAUGAGGAGUUUGGAAGUGCUAGUAAGAGAAGGCGUACUGCUAGGAGUGUAAAGGCGAAAAAAUCAGGAUCAAACAAGGCUGCUGCUGCAGCACAUAACAUACUUCAGAAACUGUGCACCAUAAUUAGUUUUCUGAAGGAUUUGCUAAUGAUAGAGCGCCUGUCAGAUAGCUGCAUUUUGCAGCUAGUGAAGACAUGCUUUUCAACUUUAUUGGUGGAUAACAUUCAACUUUUACAAUUGAAGGCGAUCAGUCUAAUUGGCGGGAUAUUUUAUUCUUACCCUCAGCAUCGAGUUUAUGUGAUGGAUGAAUUACUUCAUCUUCUUUUAAAGUUACCAUUCUCAAAACGAAUUCCAAGAACCUACCACCUUGCCGAUGAUGAAAAACAGAUUCAAAUGAUAUCCGCUUUGUUGAUUCAGUUGAUUCAUUGUAGUGUGAACCUUCCUGCUUCUUUGAGGGAAGCUUCUGACAGCAAUCCAUUGAUCAAUAUUGGAAUCGAUUCCAGUUACCCUCAUAAAUCCCAAGAGUCGGUAACCGAGGCAUGUUGCCUUUUCUGGAGCCGAGUGCUACAGCGAUUUGCAAAUACAAAGACUCAAAAUCAAGAAGCUUCUGAGUUCAAGAUUAUGUUAGAAAAUCUUGUUAUGGAUCUAUUAGCAACAUUGAAUUUGCCUGAAUAUCCUGCUUCGACUCAAAUUCUGGAGGUUCUUUGUGUCUUACUGCUACAAAACGCUGGACUGAAAUCAAAGGAUAUUGCUGCUCGGUCCAUUGCUAUUGAUAUUCUUGGUACAGUAGCUGCAAGGCUAAAACGGGAAGCUGUUCUCUGUAAGAAGGAAAAGUUUUGGAUUGUACAGGAGUUACUAAAUGGGGAUGCAAUUGAUAAUAACCAUCCAGAUGAUGCAUGUUCUGCUUGUUUGGAUUCAAAGAUAGAAAAGCCAUUAGUCCAGUGUGAAGCUUGUGAGAGAUUAUUCCAUAUAGACUGUUUGGGAAUACGAGAACAUGAUGUUUCUGGUAGCAACUGGUCGUGUCAGCUUUGUCUCUGCAGGAAACAACUUCUUUCGUUACACUCUUACUGCAAGGCCCAGGGUCGGGAUGAAGGUAAUCACACUCGUAAGAAGUCAAAAUCGACCGACACUCCUGAUAUUACAAAAUUGGAGAUCGUUCAACAGAUGCUAUUGAAUUACCUCCUGGAUUCUGGAUCUUCUGAGGAUUUGCAUAUAUUCACUAGAUGGUUCUAUAUUUGUCUGUGGUACAAGGAGGAUCCCAGUAGUCAAGAGAAGUUUCUCUACUACCUUUCUAGGUUAAAGUCGAAAGAAAUUUUGCGGGGUUCUGGGAUGUAUUCAUCUUUAUUGACAAGGAGUUCUGUCAAGAAGAUAACAAUGGCACUGGGACAACAUAGCUCUUUCUCAAGAGGAUUUGAUAGAAUCCUUCACUUGCUUUUGACAAGUUUAAGAGAGGGCUCUCCUGUGAUUCGUGCCAAAGCAUUACGGGCAGUUAGUAUAAUCGUAGAGGCUGAUCCAGAGGUAUUGGGUGAUAAAUACGUUCAGACAGCAGUUGAGGGAAGGUUUUGUGACUCUGCUAUAUCUGUACGAGAAGCAGCACUGGAGCUUGUUGGUCGAUAUAUUGCUUCACAUCCUAAUGUUGCUUUGAGGUACUAUGGGAAGGUAGCUGAGAGAGUGAAAGAUACUGGAGUGAGUGUUCGGAAACGAGCCAUCAAGAUCAUAAGGGAUAUGUGUACUUCUAAUGCUAAUUUUCUAGAGUUUAAUAGUGCUUGCAUUGAAAUUAUUUCUCGUAUCAGUGAUGAAGAAUCCAGCAUUCAGGACAUUGUGUGCAAGACAUUCUAUGAGUUCUGGUUUGAAGAAUCUUCGGGUAGACAAGACCAAAUUUUUGCGGAGGGUAGCUCCGUAACAGUAGAAAUAGCAAAGAAGACUGAGCAAAUGGUUGAAAUGCUGAGGAAGAUGCCCAGCAAUCAAAUGCUUGUCAUUGUCAUUAAGAGGAAUUUAGCACUUGAUUUUCUGCCACAAUCAGCUAAGGCUGCUGGAAUUAGCCCUGCGAUGCUUGCAUCAGUACGCAAGCGGUGCGAGCUUAUGUGCAAGUGCUUGUUGGAGAAGAUAUUACGGGUGGAGGAAAAUACUACUGAAGGGGAUGUGGGUGCACUGCAUUAUGUGUUGCUCUUGCAUGCUUUCUGUCUAGUGGAUCCUGCACUUUGCGCACCGGCCUCUAAUCCUUCGCAGUUUGUGGUCACUUUGCAGCCCUAUUUAAAGAGACAGGCUGACAAUCGAGCAGUUGCACAGCUAGUGGAGAGUAUAGUGUUUGUGAUUGACUCAGUCCUGCCCUUGGUACGAAAGAUUCCUCAAAGUGUAGUUGAAGAUCUUGAACAAGAUUUGAAGCAGAUGAUUGUCAGACAUUCCUUUUUGACAGUCGUUCAUGCUUGCAUCAAGUGCCUUUGCUCCAUGAGCAAAGUUUCAGGAAAUGGUGCAUCAGUUGUUGGAUAUCUUAUGCAGUUGUUCUUUAAACGCUUGGAUUCUCUGGGUUUUAAUAACAUUCAGCAAGUGUGUCGGUCCCUUUUCUGUCUAGGAUUGCUUAUUCGCUACGGGAGCUCUUUGCUGGCUAUGUCAUUAUCCAGCAAACAGAAUCUGGCUGUUUCUGACAGCCUCAGUUUGUUUAAAAAGUACUUCCAUGCAGAAGAUUUCGCCUUAAAAAUCAGAUCAUUGCAGGCAUUAGGUUAUGUUUUAAUUGCGCGGCCAGAUUUUAUGUUGGAGAAGGACAUGCGAAGCAUCUUAGAGGCAACUCUUUCUUCUAGCAGUGAUGAUCGCUUGAAGAUGCAGUCACUACAGAACUUGUAUGAGUACCUUCUAGACGCAGAACGCCAGAUGGAGAAUGAUAAAGGCGGAGAUGAUACAGCUGCUUAUAAUACAGCAGCAGGCAGUGUGCCAUGCGCUGCAGGUGCUGGUGAUACUAACAUUUGUGGUGGAAUCAUUCAGUUAUAUUGGAAUAGCAUUUUAGGGAGAUGUUUGGAUGCAGAUGAGGAUGUGCGUCAAUCCGCUCUUAAGAUUGUUGAAAUCGUUCUGCGGCAAGGUCUAGUUCAUCCCAUUACUUGCGUACCGUACCUUAUAGCGCUUGAAACAGAUCCACUAGAUGCAAACUCUAAGCUGGCUCAUCAUUUGCUGAUGAAUAUGAAUGAGAAGUAUCCUGCCUUCUUUGAAAGCCGUCUUGGAGAUGGACUCCAAAUGUCGUUUAUCUUCAUGCAAUCAAUGAGUCAAAGUUUUUCUGAAAAUUCAGACCCAAAAGUCCAAAUCAAGACACCUACGAAGGGAAAAUCAGAUGGUAGCUCAUUCUCUUAUGCAAGACUGGGUGUUUCUCGAAUUUACAAGGUUAUUCGUGGAAAUCGUGCGUCAAGAAAUAAAUUUAUGACCUCGAUUGUUCGCAAAUUCGAUACUCCAGGCUGGCAUAAUUCUGUAGUCCCUUUUUUGAUAUAUUGCACAGAGAUCCUUUCGUUACUCCCUUUUCAUUUACCUGAAGAGCCUCUGUAUCUGAUCUAUGCUAUAAAUAGAGUUAUACAAGUCAGGGCUGGGGCAAUAGAGUCCAAUUUGAAAACAUUCUUGCAUAAACUGCAAGAGGAGCAUAAACAGAAAAAACCCGAAAAUGGGACAAUCCAGCAUGAGCCGAUUGCUCAAAACGCGUCCCGUGAAAAUUCACCUGCCGAUGAUAAUCGGCCUGCCGAUGAUAAUCGGCAAGGUGAACCCGAAAUCCCCAGUGAGAUUUCAGUUACUCAUGCUGAGCCCAUGGAGCUUGAUCAGACUUCUGUGAACGCGGAGAACGAUGAUAUCAUCAUACCUGCAGAUAAUCUGCCAAGCAUCCAGGCUGACUGCCUUGCGGCUUGCGCACUGCAACUUCUUCUCAAGCUUAAAAGGCACCUAAAGAUCGUAUAUGGUUUGGAUGAUGCCCGAUGCCAGGCUUUUUCUCCAAUCGAACCGUCCAAACAGGGGGAGUUUCUUUCAAAGCAAAAUAUUCCGUUCAGUGUAGGUGAAACACAUGGUACUCAACCGACAACCUAUCAGGACAUCUUGCAAAGAUAUCAGGAAUUAAAGAACGCUUUGAAGGAAGACACAGUUGACUACUCGGUCUAUACAGCAAAUAUCAAAAGAAAGCGUCCUCCUGGGAGGCCGAAAAUUUUGACCAAGGCUGCGGCUGGUCAUAUCAAUGGUGGUGGGAACAAUCGAGACGACGAUGAUGACGAUGACGAGACUUGGGGAAGUGGGACCCGUGUGACAGCAGCAAGCGGUGGCAGGAGAGGCACAAUAAAUACCAGAAGUCAGCAGCAGAGGUUAUAGUUGUAAAUACACAUUACAGGUACAACAAGCUAACAUUGUACAGCUGGUAGUAGAGGAACAAGAAGAAGAAAAGAAACAGGCCUUGGUGCAGCAUGCAGGUUAUAUUUUCCAUUUUCCAACUCCCCGGUCCCCCCUAAAACUAAAAUAUUCAGAUUGCAUUAGUUUUUAAAGAUUAGUUUUUCAUCAUUAGUAACCAUUGUCGCUUUGAAAGUUGGUCGGUCGGGUUGUGGAGUGCACCCUCGGGUUAUAGCCCGAAGGGCGGUGUUAUGUAUAUUGUCAUAGAUUCAGAUUUCAGAUUUAGUUAGGAUCGUAUACAGCCCAUGAUUGUACAUCUAUUGUUUUCUUGGAUUAUAUUUCUUGUCUUGCUUAGGUCAUA